UGUAAAGCAGGAAGUGGCGGCAAAAGCGACAGCCAUGAGACCGCCGCUUUUACUCCGCUCCUCAGGCUACGUCUUCCGGGCAUUUGUGGACUCAUUUCCCCAUUUUGGACAGAAGCUCCUCUGCCGUGCCGCCUCCGUGCCACAUUUGUACACGUUGAGAAAAACGAUGCACUAUCAAACAGAGGAGAGAGGAAGCCCAAACACCCCAGAGUACCGGAUUUAUUUUAAAAAUUCAGAUGGCAACUACAUUUCUCCUUUCCAUGAUAUCCCCCUUAUAGCUCAGGAAGAACAGUGCAAUGGUUUGCCAGCCAAGAAGGCCAAGAAGAACGGGAGUGAGGCGCUCUUCAACAUGGUGGUGGAGGUACCCCGCUGGACCAACGCUAAGAUGGAGAUUGCGACAAAGGAACCACUGAACCCCAUUAAGCAAGAUGUAAAGAAAGGCAAACUCCGAUAUGUUGCCAACAUUUUUCCACAUAAAGGCUAUAUUUGGAACUACGGCGCCAUUCCGCAGACGUGGGAGGACCCUAACCACAUGGACUCGGAAACAAAAUGCUGCGGCGAUAAUGACCCAAUUGACAUUUGUGACAUUGGCAUGCAGGUGUGCUCUCCCGGUCAGGUGAUUCAAGUGAAGGUGCUUGGGAUCUUGGCUAUGAUCGACGAGGGCGAAAUGGACUGGAAGGUCAUCGCUAUCAAUGCGGCCGACCCUGAGGCCAAUAGCCUAAAUGACAUUGAUGAUGUCCGCAAGAGCCGGCCUGGUCAUUUAGAGGCCACUGUCGACUGGUUCAGGAAAUAUAAGAUUCCGGAUGGGAAGCCUGAAAACCAGUUUGGAUUCAACGCUCAGUUUCAAGAUAAGGACUUUGCUGUGGAGAUGAUCAAAUCCACACAUGAGCACUGGAGGGCACUAGUCCAGAAAUCGACAAACAGUAGUGGGAUUGAAUGUAAAAAUGUAUCAUGCUCUGACAGUCCCUUCAAUUGCAGCGCAAAAGAGGCUAAAGACGUGAUUCAGUCGGCGCCUGUGUUUGGUUGUGCGCACAGUGUUUCGCCAGAAGUGGACAAGUGGCAUUUUGUCUGAGUGAUCGGGAAACUGAAAAGACGGACGCAAACUGUCACUUUGGUAUCGAUGGCGCCUUACUGUUUUUUAGCAGUAUCAAUAAUGACUGGUAAGGAUCUAUCGUCACCUCUUUCGAAUGCCAUGUUUGCUGUCCAGUCAGGCUAAGUAGAUUUUCUUUUUAACAUUAUAACCUAGCAUAACGUUACUUGCUAUCAAUAUGAACUUCUGUGUCCAAUCACAAAUGAAAUAUCAUGUUUUGAUCACCGUCAUGUCAUUUCCUUUUAUUUUAAUCGUGCGUUAGUAAUCACAGAGAUAACAGUCUUUUUCGUUGAGGUAGUUAGUUGGAUAUGUACAUUUUUAUGUUUUCUUGACACAUCAAAGAUUUGCACGAUCUGCACCAAAUGUGUGAAUAAAUCCACCGAAUGAUGUGGAUGUAACCAUGAAAGGAGCAUACACAAACAUUUGAAACUAGGGAUGUAUUUAGAAUGGUAAAACUGUUUGUUUUUUUAAUACAAGUCAAAUAGCUUUAAAUAAAUAUAGAUUUAUUAGAGGAAAAAAAAAAACACCCACACCUUGGCAAUAUCAGCAAUGAUAUAAUAACAGCUUUGAAAUAAACUGCAUUCAGUACAUGACAAUACUUAGUUUCAUACCUAUUUUUAAUCCAAUUUUAUGGAGCAUACCAAUUUUCAGAACAAGAGAAGCCUUGAGAAAUAAAACAGGAAAUAAGUUUUAGUGUGUGCCUGCAAAAGAAAAAAAAAA